UUCAAACGGAAGCGGAAAGGUGACAACACGAGCCACAGAGGCACGAGCGCGUUUCGUCUUGGUGGUCGUGACACUGGUGGCACCACAGCGACCGAAGAUAACACGCCGAGUGAGCCCAGUGCCCGAAACCACCCACGAAAUGAGCGCGCCUCUGCAAACAGUAGCCUCGGAUAUCCGCAGCCUCUCCUCGCACCAGCGGACCAUGUCGACGACGGAGUUCGACAUGGUGCACCCUAUCGUGGCGAAGUCUGCGCUGAUCCAAGGAAGGCGUCAUGCACUCUCCGACAGGGUCAACCACAGUUUCUCUGGAAGGGCCCUCGGUGAAAAGACGAGCAGCGUGGACCAAGGGCCAUCGCCUACAGUUUGCUCCAGUGCAGAUGGGACCAAGCUGCGCCCUGUGGAAGUUCACAGUGCCACAGCACGAACAUGCCUGACUGUGCCAAAUCCCGAACCUGUUGUGCCAGUUCCAGAGGACAUUCCUCAGAGUCCUGAAGAGAAGGCUGGCGACCUUUCCAUGGAAGUGAUGCACAACAAGCUCGAUUGCUCAGAUGAGCUUUGUGUGCUGUCAGAGGAGCCUCUAGCUGUGGCGGAUGAUGCUGUGGAAGACAGCUGGCUGUCUUCUAUCGCUGCGCCUGGCAUGGACCAUCUCGGUGAAG